GAUGAGAACUUGUUUCGUAUAGUAUCCAAAAUAUUCUACGAGCUCAAUGAGGCUAUCACCGUUAUCUUCUUUUUGUCAGUGGCAUAGCUAACGAUGACUUCAACCACGACUGCAAUCGAGCUUGCUACUAGCUCAGCUCCAAGUCCGGCAUGGAGUUUACGCAAUUCCAGCCUUAAGGAGACCCAACCAUCCAAGACAUUCACCGUUACCGACCACGUCCUUGAAGCCUCGCGAGAGGCCGACUCAACGGCCCCCGAAGGCGGGUACGGCUGGGUGAUUGUAGCCAGUGGCUUCAUUUUACUCUGGUGGUCCCUCGGCACGACAUAUGCUUGGGGCGUGAUGCAGACCGCCCUGGUCGCCGAUGGCUUGGCCGAUCCCGCCGUACUCUCCUUCGUCGGGUCGUUGCAGGCGGCGUUGAUCUCGGCUCUGGCAAUUUCUAAUUCCUUCGUCGUGCGAAAGACGGGAGUCCGUGCUGCAGCAAUGCUAGGUGCAGCUUGCAUGGGUGGGAGCGAGAUCCUCAGCAGCUUCACGGUUAAGAAUGUUGGGGCGCUGUUCUUCACCUCUGGGGUGUUGAUGGGAAUAGGUGUCAGUCUUUGUUUUGCAGUCAUUUCAACGGUCCCGUCACAAUACUUCAGCACCAGACGAGGACUGGCCAAUGGCUUCAUGUUCGCCGGAAGCGGUUUCGGAGGCGCUGCAAUCAGCUUUGCGUUGGAUUCGUUGAUCCAAAAGCUAGGUGUUGCGUGGGCAUAUCGUAUCCUCGGCCUCAUGACCCUUUCAACGGGUCUUCCGGCUGCGUGGCUCAUGAAGGAGAGGAUCCCAGUUGAGAGACGGCAGUUUAUUGAGUGGAAACUAUUCAAAUCUCCCACAUUUGUGCUCAUAUUCGUAGGGAGUGCAAUUGGGACCUUUCCUUUGUUCGUUCCACCAUUUUUUAUCCCGUUAUACAUGAGAUCACUAGGCUUCUCUACAAACGCCGGCGCUGGCUUGGUUGCAGGUUUCAGCUUAUCUUCCGCGGCUGGCCGUAUUAUAUCUGGCUUUGCGUCCGAUAAAGUCGGCUCCAUCAACACUGUCCUCGCGUCUCUGGUCUUGACUGCUGUCACCAUGUUGGCAAUUUGGCCAACGUCCACAACGCUGGGGCCACUGAUCGCCUUUGUCAUUAUAAACGGCGCUGCAAAUGGGGCUUUCUUCUCCACGAUGCCGACUGCCAUUAGCAAAGUUUUUGGGAGUGCCAGAGUAGCUGUUGCUAUGAGUAUGGUGGUGACUGGCUGGGUUGGUGGUUAUCUCAUGGGGGCUCCAAUUGCAGGCUACAUUCUAGAGGGCUUCGGGGGUGUCGAUGGUGGUUUGCACGCAUACAGACCGGCCAUGUUUUAUGCCGGCGCACUUGCGCUUGUUUCUGGAGUCUUCAUCUUAGGUGCUCGAUUUUGCAUCAACAGAUCUCUUCUGGCUAUUGUAUAAAUUUUAGGGUAGAGCAUAUGUGAUAGAUUGGGCGCAGGUCAUGCCCAGGCAAAAGUUAAUAGACUUGGAAAAGACAAUAGAGUAACAUUAUUGCAAUCUGGA